CUUCCCCAACGAUGCCAGCUCAAUGGACCCUGACCUCUAUCCUGACUCUCCUGGUGCUUUUUGGCACAGCCAGAGCAGGCCCCUUCUCUCCGCGGCCCAAUAUGACCCUCCCAGCCCCUCGGCCCCCUCCCCAGCCAGGGGGCCCUUCUUCUCAGCUGUAUGAGCACACUGUGGAAGGAGGGGAGAAGCAGGUGGUAUUCACCCACCGCAUCAACCUGCCCCCCUCAGCCGGCUGUGGCUGUCCGCCGGGCGCUGAACCCCCGGUGCCUGCUUCAGAGGUGCAGGCCCUGAAGGUCCGGCUGGAGAUCCUGGAGGAGCUGGUGAAGGGACUCAAGGAUCACUGCUCAGGAGGGUGCUGUCCCACGGCUGCCGCGCAGGCUGGCACGGGCCAGACCGAUGUGCGCAGCCUCUGCAGCCUCCAUGGUGUCUUUGACCUGAGCCGCUGCGCCUGUUCCUGCGAGCCUGGCUGGGGUGGCCCCACCUGCUCAGACCCUACAGACACCAAGACGCCCACCUCGUCCCCGGCCCCAGCCUCCAGGACCUGUCCCGAUGACUGCAACGACCAGGGUCGCUGCGUCCGAGGACGCUGUGUGUGCUUCCCCGGCUACAGCGGCCCCAGUUGUAGCUGGCCCUCUUGCCCCGGAGACUGUCAGGGCCGCGGGCGCUGCGUGCAGGGUGUGUGUGUGUGUCGCGCUGGCUUCUCGGGCCCCGACUGCAGCCAGCGCUCCUGCCCUCGCAACUGCAAUCAGAGGGGCCGCUGUGAGGACGGCCGCUGCGUGUGCAACCCAGGCUACUCGGGUGAGGACUGCGGGGUGCGGAGCUGUCCCCGGGGCUGCAGCCAGAGGGGCCGCUGUGAGGACGGCCGCUGCGUGUGCAACCCAGGCUACUCGGGUGAGGACUGCAGCGUGCGGAGCUGCCCAUGGGACUGUGGCGAGGGAGGCCGCUGCGUGGACGGCCGCUGCGUGUGCUGGCCCGGGUACUCCGGCGAAGACUGCAGCACGCGGACGUGCCCGCGUGACUGCCGUGGCCGUGGCCGCUGCGAGGACGGGGAAUGCAUCUGUGACGCAGGCUACAGCGGCGACGACUGCGGCGUGCAGAGCUGCCCCGGGGACUGUAACCAAAGGGGCCACUGCGAGGACGGCCGCUGCGUGUGCUGGCCCGGGUACACAGGGGCGGACUGCGGCGCGCGCGCCUGCCCCCGGGACUGCAGGGGCCGAGGGCGCUGCGAGGGUGGCGUGUGCGUGUGCCACGCGGGCUACAGCGGCGAGGACUGCGGGGUGCGCAGCUGUCCCGGGGACUGUCGCGGCCGGGGGAGCUGCGAGAACGGCCGCUGCGUGUGCUGGCCCGGGUACACAGGCCGGGACUGUGGCACGCGCGCCUGCCCCGGGGACUGUCGCGGGCGCGGGCGCUGCGUGGACGGCCGCUGCGUGUGCAAUCUGGGCUUCGCUGGCGAGGACUGCGGGAGCCGUCGGUGCCCUGGGGACUGCCGCGGCCGCGGCCGCUGUGAGGACGGUGUGUGCGUGUGUAACGCAGGCUACUCGGGCGAAGACUGCGCCACACGCAGCUGUCCGAGCGGCUGCAGGGGCCGCGGCCGGUGCCUGGACGGGCUCUGCGUCUGCGACGACGGCUACACGGGCGAGGACUGUGGCGUGCGACGGUGCCCUCGCGACUGCAGCCAGCAAGGCGUGUGCCAGGACGGCUUGUGCUUGUGCCACGCCGGCUACGCGGGCGAAGACUGCAGCAUCCGCACCUGCCCCGCGGACUGCAACCGGCGCGGCCGCUGUGACGACGGGCGCUGUGUGUGCGACCCAGGCUACACCGGGCCUGCCUGUGCCACGCGCACCUGCCCAGCUGAUUGUCGUGGCCGUGGGCGCUGUGUGCAGGGAGUGUGCCGGUGCUACGCCGGCUAUGGUGGAGAGGACUGUGGCCAAGAAGAGCCUCCCGCCAGCGCCUGUCCCGAGGGCUGUGGGCCGCGGGAACUGUGCCACGCAGGCCAAUGUGUGUGUGUUGAGGGUUUCCGAGGUCCAGACUGUGCCAUCCAGAUAUGCCCAGGUGACUGUCGCGGCAGGGGAGAGUGUCUCCAGGGCAGAUGCGUCUGUCAAGAUGGCUAUGCUGGAGAUGACUGCGGGGAAGAGGUACCAGCCAUCCAGAACAUGAGGAUGCAUCUUCUGGAGGAGACAACAGUCCGGACGGAGUGGACCCGGGCUCCUGGUCCUGUGGAUGCCUACGAAAUCCAGUUUAUCCCCAUGACUGAGGGGGCGAGUCCCCCGUUCACAGCUCGGGUGCCCAGCUCCGCCUCAGCCUAUGACCAGAGAGGACUGGCCCCUGGUCAGGACUACCAGGUCACUGUCCGUGCUCUACGAGGGACCAGCUGGGGUCCUCCUGCCUCUAAGACCAUCACUACCAUGAUCGAUGGUCCUCAGGACCUCCGCGUGGUAGCUGUGACUCCAACCACACUGGAUCUCAGCUGGCUGCGCCCCCAGGCCGAGGUGGACCGAUUUGUGGUGUCCUAUGUCAGUGCUGGCAACCAAAGGGUGCGGCUGGAAGUUCCCCCUGAGGCAGACAGGACUCAGCUAACCGACCUGAUGCCAGGCGUGGAGUAUGUGGUGACCGUCACCGCAGAACGAGGCCGUGCAGUCAGCUACCCCGCUUCCAUCAGGGCAAACACAGGGUCCUUACCCUCUGGCCUCCCGGAGGCUACUGAUGAGCCUCUUCCCUCGGGCCCCUCUACGACCCAAGGGGCCCAGGCCCCUAUCCUGAUCCUGGAGCAUCACCCGCUGGGAGAGUUGAAGGUGCUGGGCAGAGACAAGGCAGGGCGCCUCCGUGUGGCCUGGACUGCCCAGCCCGACACCUUUGCCCAUUUCCAGCUGCGCAUGCAGGUGGCCGAGGGGCCUUGGGCACAUGAAGAACUGCUACCAGGAGACGUCCACCAGGCUCUGGUGCCCCUGCCCCCUCCCGGGGCCCCCUACAAGCUAGUCCUCCAUGGGAUCACCCCUGGGGGCAAGCCCUCUGUUCCCAUCACCUACCAAGGCAUUAUGGACAAGGCCGAAGAGAAGCCUGGAAAGCUGUCUGUACAGCCACGCCUGGGUGAUCUGACAGUGACAGACCUGACCUCCGAGUCCCUGCUCCUGCACUGGACUGUCCCAGAGGGGGAGUUCGACUCCUUUGUGAUCCAGUACAAGGACAAAGACGGGCCCCAGGUGAUACCUGUGGAGGGACCCCAGCGCUCAGCACCCGUAACCUCCUUGGAACCAGGGCGCAAGUACAGAUUUAUUCUGUAUGGGCUCAUCGGCAAGAAGAGGCAUGGCCCCCUGGUGGCUGAAGCUAAGAUCUUGCCUCGGAGUGACCCUGACCCAGGAUCUCCACCCCGCCUGGGAGAGUUGUGGGUAACAGACCCUACCCCGGAUUCACUGCACCUCUCUUGGACUGUUCCUGAGGGCCAGUUUGACUCCUUCAUGGUCCAGUACAGAGACAAGGAAGGACGGCCCCUUGUGGUACCAGUGGAGGGGCCUGAGCGUUCAGUGGUGCUCUCCCCUCUGGACCCCAACCACAAGUACAGAUUCACCCUGUUUGGGAUUGCCAAUAAGAAGCGGUAUGGGCCCCUCACUGCUGAUGGCACUACUGCCCCAGAGAGGGAAGAGGAGUCCUCUGAGAAGCCCCUCCUGGGAGAAUUGACGGUGACUGGUGUGACCCCAGACUCCCUGCGCCUGUCCUGGACAGUGGCCCAGGGCCCCUUCGACUCCUUUGCCAUCCAAUACAAGGACGUGCAGGGGCAGCCCCAGACUGUGCCCAUUGCGGGGGAUGAGAAUGAGGUCACUGUCCCUGGCCUGGAGUCCAACAGGAAGUAUAAGAUGAACCUCUACGGCCUUCGUGGCAGGCAGCGUGUGGGGCCCGUGUCUGUAGUGGCCAAAACGGCCCCGUCACACAUUGUAGACCAGCCCUCCAGCUUCCCAGAGCCCAGCACAGAGGCCCCAGAACCCCUCGAGAAGCCACGCCUAGGAGAGCUGACUGUGACAGACGCCACCCCUGACUCCCUGAGCCUCGCCUGGACCGUCCCCCAGGGACAGUUUGACCACUUCCUGGUCCAGUACAGGAACGGGGAUGGGCAGCCCAAGGUGGUGCGGGUACCAGGAAAUGAGGACCAGGCCACCAUCUCCGGCCUGGAGCCAGACCACAAGUACAAGAUGAACCUGUAUGGCAUCCACAGUGGCCAGCGUGUGGGCCCAGUGUCUGUUGUCGGGGUGACAGCUGCAGAGGAAGAGACCCCCAGCCCCACAGAGCCCAGCACAGAGGCCCCAGAGCCCCCUGAGAAGCCGCUCCUGGGAGAGCUGACCGUGACGGGAUCCUCCCCAGACUCCCUGAGCCUCUCCUGGACCGUCCCCCAGGGAGACUUUGACUCCUUCACUGUCCAGUACAAGGACAGUGAUGGGCGGCCCCAGGUGGUGCGGGUACCAGGAAAUGAGGACCAGGUCACCAUCUCCGGCCUGGAGCCAGACCACAAGUACAAGAUGAACCUGUAUGGCAUCCACAGUGGCCAGCGUGUGGGCCCAGUGUCUGUUGUUGGGGUGACAGCUGCAGAGGAAGAGACCCCCAGCCCCACAGAGCCCAGCACAGAGGCCCCAGAGACCCCUGUGGGCGUGACCGACUCACAACCAGAAGAGACCCCUCCAGCCAUCGAACCCCCGCUUGAACCACGCCUGCAGGAGUUGACGGUGACUGGUGUAACCCCCGAUUCCGUGAGCCUCUCAUGGAUGGUCCCUGAGGGGCAGUUUGAUUCCUUCAUGGUCCAGUACAAGGACAGGGCUGGGCAGUCCCAGGAGGUGCCUGUGGGCGCAGACCAGCGCAAGGUCACCAUUCUUGACUUGGAGCCUGCCAGAAAAUACAAGAUGAACAUCUAUGGGCUACAUGGCAGCCGGCGUGUGGGCCCCAUCUCUGUGUUAGCAAUGACAGACCCUCUCCCACCAGCACCAGCUCCAGCAACUGAGGCCUCCAAGCUGCCCCUGGAGCCACGCUUGGCGGAGCUGACAGUGACAGACGUGACCCAAGACUCCGUGGGCCUCUCGUGGACUGUCCCCGAGGGUGAAUUCGACUCCUUCAUGGUCCAGUACAAGGACAGGGAUGGCCAGCCCCAGGUGGUGCCCGUGGCAGCGGACCAGCGGGAGGUCACCAUCCCAGGCCUGGAGCCCUCCCGCAAGUACAAGUUCCUACUCUUCGUGGUCCAAGAUGGACGACGACGCAGUCAGGUCUCCGUGGAGGCGAAGACAGCCGCCCGAGAUGACGCCAGCCCAGGGGCCCUUCCCCGCCUCGGGGAGCUGUGGGUGACGGAUCCCACAACGGACUCCCUGCGCCUGUCCUGGACGGUUCCCGAGGGCACCUUUGACUCUUUUAUGGUCCAGUUCAAGGACAAGGGUGGGCCCCAGGUGGUGCCGGUGAAGGGCCAAGAGCGCACGGCCACCAUCACAGGCCUGGAUGCGGGCCGCAAGUACAGAUUCCUCCUCUAUGGGCUUCAGGGAAAGAAGCGCUUUGGCCCCCUCACCACAGAGGGCACCACAGAGCCCAUGAGUACUGUGGAGCACACUGGAGUAAAGUCUCCAUCAAAACCUCGACUGGGAGAGGAACUGCGGGUGACUAGUGUGACCCCGGACUCCGUGGACCUCUCCUGGUCAGUCUCCGAGGGCCAGUUUGACUCCUUCGUCGUCCAGUACAAAGACAGGCAUGGGCAGUCCCAGGUGGUGCCCGUGGAGGGCAGCCACAGAGAGGUCAGGGUCUCUGGUCUAGACCCAGGCCGCAGAUACAAGCUGCUGCUCUAUGGACUCCGAGAAAGCAAGCGUGUGGGUCCCCUUUCUGUCAUCGCUGUGACUGGCCCCAGAGAAACAACAGAGGCUUGGACAGAGGCCCCCAUAACUUCAGCUCCCACAGUUGCGCCCCACCUCGGGGACCUGAGAGUGGAAGAGGCCACGCCUCACAGUCUGCGUCUCUCCUGGGUGGUGACUGAGGGAGAGUUUAACUCCUUCGAGGUCCAGUACACCGACAGAGAAGGACAGCUCAAAGUGGUCAGUACAGCGGGUGACCAGAGCGGCAUCACCCUUACCGGCCUGGAAUCUGACCACAGAUACCUGGUAACCCUGUAUGGUUUCCAUGAUGGGCAGCGUGUGGGCCCUGCUCAAAUUGAGGCCCUGACGGUGCCGUGGGAGGAAGAGGAGCCCACAGAACCACCCACCGUGACUCCUAAGCCCAAGCCACACCUGGGCGAGCUGACUGUGACAGACACCACCCCUGACUCCCUGAGCCUCUCCUGGACCGUCCCCGAGGGACAGUUUGACCACUUCCUGGUCCAGUACAGGAACGGGGAUGGGCAGCCCAAGGUGGUGCAGGUACCAGGAAAUGAGGACCAGGUCACCAUCCCCGGCCUGGAGCCAGACCACAAGUACAAGAUGAACCUGUAUGGCAUCCACAGUGGCCAGCGUGUGGGCCCAGUGUCUGUUGUUGGGGUGACAGCUGCAGAGGAAGAGACCCCCAGCCCCACAGAGCCCAGCACAGGGGCCCCAGAGCCCCCUGAAGAGCCGCUCCUGGGAGAGCUGACCGUGACAGGAUCCUCCCCAGACUCCCUGAGCCUCUCCUGGACCGUCCCCCAGGGAGACUUUGACUCCUUCACUGUCCAGUACAAGGACAGUGAUGGGCGGCCCCAGGUGCUGCGUGUUGGGGGCCAGGAGAGGGAGGCCGUCGUGAGAGACCUGGAGGCCGGGCGCAAAUACAAGAUGAACCUGUAUGGCCUCCACGAGGGUCAGCGUGUGGGCCCCGUGUCCACUGUGGGCGUGACCGACCCUAAAGAAGAGCCUACUGAUGCCCCUCCCCUGAAGCCCCGCUUGGGGGAGCUGACUGUGACAGACGCCACCCCUGACUCCCUGAGCCUCUCCUGGACCAUCCCCGAGGGACAGUUUGACCACUUCCUGGUCCAGUACAGGAACGGGGAUGGGCAGCCCAAGGUGGUGCGGGUACCAGGAAAUGAGGACCAGGUCACCAUCCCCGGCCUGGAGCCAGACCACAAGUACAAGAUGAACCUGUAUGGCAUCCACAGUGGCCAGCGUGUGGGCCCAGUGUCUGUUGUUGGGGUGACAGCUGCAGAGGAAGAGACCCCCAGCCCCACAGAGCCCAGCACAGAGGCCCCAGAGACCCCUGAGAAGCCGCUCCUGGGAGAGCUGACCGUGACAGGAUCCUCCCCAGACUCCUUGAGCCUCUCCUGGACCGUCCCCCAGGGAGACUUUGACUCCUUCACUGUCCAGUACAAGGACAGUGAUGGGCGGCCCCAGGUGCUGCGUGUCGGGGGCCAGGAGAGGGAGGCCGUGGUGAGAGACCUGGAGGCCGGGCGCAAAUACAAGAUGAACCUGUAUGGCCUCCACGAGGGUCAGCGUGUGGGCCCCGUGUCCACCGUGGGCGUGACCGAUCCAGAGGAGGAAACCAGGACCACACAAGCGGUGCCUAUCGUGACCUCUGAGCCUCCUCCAGAGAAGCCACACCUGGGCGAGCUGACUGUGACAGACGCCACCCCUGACUCCCUGAGCCUCUCCUGGACCGUCCCCGAGGGAGAGUUUGACCACUUCCUGGUCCAGUACAAGAACGGGGAUGGGCAGCCCAAGGUGGUGCGGGUGCCAGGAAAUGAGGACCAGGUCACCAUCUCCGGCCUGGAGCCAGACCACAAGUACAAGAUGAACCUGUAUGGCAUCCACAGUGGCCAGCGUGUGGGUCCAGUGUCUGUUGUCGGGGUGACAGCUGCAGAGGAAGAGACCCCCAGCCCCACAGAGCCCAGCACAGAGGCCCCAGAGACCCCUGAGGAGCCGCUCCUGGGAGAGCUGACCGUGACAGGAUCCUCCCCAGACUCCCUGAGCCUCUCCUGGACCGUCCCCCAGGGAGACUUUGACUCCUUCACUGUCCAGUACAAGGACAGUGAUGGGCGGCCCCAGGUGCUGCGUGUCGGGGGCCAGGAGAGGGAGGCCGUCGUGAGAGACCUGGAGGCUGGGCGCAAAUACAAGAUGAACCUGUAUGGCCUCCACGAGGGUCAGCGUGUGGGCCCCGUGUCCACCGUGGGCGUGACCGAUCCAGAGGAGGAAACGGUGACCACACAGGUGGCGCCCACCACAACCCCUAGGAAACCCAUCCUGGGCGAGCUGACAGUGACAGACGCCACCCCUGACUCCCUGAGCCUCUCCUGGACAGUCUCCGAGGGAGAGUUUGACCAAUUCGUGAUCCAGUACAAGAAUGGGGAUGGGCAGCCCAAGGUGGUGCGGGUGCCAGGAAAUGAGGACCAGGCCACCAUCUCCAGCCUGGAGCCAGACCACAAGUACAAGAUGAACCUGUAUGGCAUCCACAGUGGCCAGCGUGUGGGCCCAGUGUCUGUUGUUGGGGUGACAGCUGCAGAGGAAGAGACCCCCAGCCCCACAGAGCCCAGCACAGAGGCCCCAGAGACCCCUGAGGAGCCGCUCCUGGGAGAGCUGACCGUGACAGGAUCCUCCCCAGACUCCCUGAGCCUCUCCUGGACCGUCCCCCAGGGAGACUUUGACUCCUUCACUGUCCAGUACAAGGACAGUGAUGGGCGGCCCCAGGUGCUGCGUGUCGGGGGCCAGGAGAGGGAGGCCGUGGUGAGAGACCUGGAGGCUGGGCGCAAAUACAAGAUGAACCUGUAUGGCCUCCACGAGGGUCAGCGUGUGGGCCCCGUGUCCACCGUGGGCGUGACCGCUCCAGAGGAGGAAGCUAUGACCACACAGGCGGUGCCCACCACAACUCCUGAGCCCCUCGAGAAGCCACGCCUAGGAGAGCUGACUGUGACAGACGCCACCCCUGACUCCCUGAGCCUCUCCUGGACCGUCCCCCAGGGACAGUUUGACCACUUCCUGGUCCAGUACAGGAACGGGGAUGGGCAGCCCAAGGUGGUGCGGGUGCCAGGAAAUGAGGACCAGGUCACCAUCUCCGGCCUGGAGCCAGACCACAAGUACAAGAUGAACCUGUAUGGCAUCCACAGUGGCCAGCGUGUGGGCCCAGUGUCUGUUGUCGGGGUGACAGCUGCAGAGGAAGAGACCCCCAGCCCCACAGAGCCCAGCACAGAGGCCCCAGAGACCCCUGAAGAGCCGCUCCUGGGAGAGCUGACCGUGACAGGAUCCUCCCCAGACUCCCUGAGCCUCUCCUGGACCGUCCCCCAGGGAGACUUUGACUCCUUCACUGUCCAGUACAAGGACAGUGAUGGGCGGCCCCAGGUGCUGCGUGUCGGGGGCCAGGAGAGGGAGGCCGUCGUGAGAGACCUGGAGGCCGGGCGCAAAUACAAGAUGAACCUGUAUGGCCUCCACGAGGGUCAGCGUGUGGGCCCCGUGUCCACCGUGGGCGUGACCGCCUCCCGGCCCACAGAGCCCCCCACAGAGCCCCGCUUGGGGGCCCUGGCUGUGGUGGAAGUGACUUCCAGUACUGUGCACCUGUCCUGGACUGUGGCCCAGGGCCCCUUCGACUCCUUCCUGGUCCAGUACAAGGAUGCACAGGGACAGUCCCAGACGGUGCCUGUGAGCGGAGACCUGGGUGAGGUCACCAUCUCAGGUUUGGACCCGGCCCGCAAGUACAAGUUUCUACUCUUUGGACUCCAGGGUGGGAAGCGCCAUGGCCCUGUCUCCAUAGAUGCAAAGACUGACACAAAGCUCCUUCCUCGUCUUGGGGAGCUGACGAUGACGGACGUGACCCAAAACUCCGUGAGUCUCUCCUGGACUGUCCCUGAGGGCGAGUUCGACUCCUUCUUAGUCCAGUACAAGGACAAGGGAGGGCAGCUCCAGACGGUACCUGUGGCGGCAGACCAGCGUGAGGUCACCAUCCCCAGCCUGGAGCCCAACAGAAGAUAUAAGUUUCUGCUCUACGGCCUGGCGGGCCGAAAACGGCUGGGCCCUGCCUCUGUGGAGGGCACCACAGCUCCCCUGGAGAAGAUACCGCAGCCCCGCCUCCGUGAACUGACUGUUACAGGAGAGACCCCUGACUCUCUGCACCUCUUGUGGACCGUGGCCCAGGGCACCUUUGACUCCUUCCUGGUCCAGUACAGAGACAAGGAUGGGCAGCCCCAGACGGUGCUUGUGGCUGCAGACCAGAAUGAGGUCACCAUAGAGGGUCUGCGGCCAAGCACAAAGUACAAGUUUCAGCUCUAUGGACUCUCUGGAGGGAAACGCCUGGGACCCGUCUCUGCCCUGGGAGUGACAGCCCCAGAAGAGGACACGUCAGCCCCAAGCCCCACUGAGCCCCCUGAAGCACCCCGCCUGGGGACGCUGACAGUGGCCGAGGCAACCCCAGACUCGCUGCGCCUCUCCUGGGGCGUGGCCCGGGGCCCCUUCGACUCCUUUGUGGUCCAGUACCAGGACACAGAGGGGCAGCCCCAGGCCCUGCUUGUUGAUGGAGACCAAGACAAGGUCCUCAUCUCAGGCCUGGAACCCAGCACUUCCUACAAGUUCUUCCUCUAUGGCCUGCAUGAAGGGAUGCGUCAUGGACCUGUCUCUGCAGAGGGCGUCACAGGUCCAGUUCCUGCUGGUCAGACCCCAGGAGACCCGGGGCCCCGCCUGUCCCAGCUGUCAGUGACAGAUGUGACCACUAGUUCUCUACGGCUAAACUGGGAGGCCCCACUUGGGGCCUUUGACUCCUUCCUACUACGCUAUGGGGUCCCCUCACCAAGUACCCUGGAGCCACGUCCCCGUCCUCUGCUCCAGCGGGAGCUGAUGGUGCCAGGAAUGCGGCGCACGGCUGUGCUUCGGGACCUACGUCCUGGGACCCUGUACAGCCUUACUCUGUAUGGGCUGCGUGGGCCGCACAAGGCAGACAGCAUCCAGGGCACUGCCCGCACCCUCAGCCCAGUUCUGGAGAGCCCCCGUGACCUGCAAUUCAGUGACAUUGGGGAAACAUCAGCCACAGCCAGCUGGGUGCCACCAUCAUCCAGGGUGGACAGCUUCAAGAUUUCCUACCAGCUAGCAGAUGGAGGAGAGCCACAGAGUGUGCUAGUGGACGGCCGGACCCAGACCCAGAUCCUCCAGGGGCUGAUCCCAGACACUCGCUACGAGGUGACUGUGGUCUCUGUCCGUGGCUUUGAGGAGAGUGAGCCUCUCACGGGCUUCCUCACUACAGUUUCUGAUGGUCCCACCCAGCUGCGUGCAUUGAACUUGACUGAUGGGUCUGCCCUUCUGCACUGGAAACCUCCCCAGAAACCUGUGGAUAAGUACAACGUCCAGGUCGCCUCUCCUGGGGCCCCAGCCCUGCAGGCCUCAGCACCUGGCAGUGCUGUGGACUACCCGCUGACAGACCUGGCGCUUGACACCAACUACACAGCCACCGUGCGUGGUCUCCGAGGUCCUAACUUCACCUCCCCAGCCAGCAUCACCUUCACCACAGGGCUGAAGGCCCCCCAGGACUUGCAGGCCAAAGAAGUGACCCCUCGCACGGCCCUGCUCACCUGGACUAAGCCCGAAGUCCCACCCACAGGCUACCUGCUCAGCUUUGAUACUCCUGGAGGACAGAUUCAGGAGAUCCUGCUUCCAGCAGGGACCACUUCCCAUCGGCUUCUCCGCCUCUUCCCUUCCACCUUCUACAACGCCCAGCUCCGGGCUGUUUGGGGCGAGAGCCUCACGCCACCUGUGUCCACUUCCUUUACUACUGGUGGACUGCGGAUCCCCUUCCCCCGGGACUGUGGGGAGGAGAUGCAGAAUGGGGCCAGCUCCUCAAAGACCACCACCAUCUUCCUCAACGGCAACCGUGAGCGGCCUCUGGAUGUGUUCUGUGACAUGGAGACUGAUGGAGGCGGCUGGCUGGUGUUCCAGCGCCGCAUGGACGGACAGACCGACUUCUGGAGAGACUGGGAGGAGUAUGCCCAUGGUUUUGGGAACAUCUCCAGGGAGUUCUGGCUGGGCAAUGAGGUCCUACACAGCCUGACGCAGGCUGGAGACUACUCUAUGCGUGUGGAUCUGCGGGCUGGAAAUGAAGCCGUGUUCGCCCAAUAUGACUUCUUCCGUGUGGACUCAGCAGUGGAGAACUACCGCCUACAUCUAGAGGGUUACCACGGCACUGCAGGUGACUCCAUGAGCUACCACAGCGGCAGUGUCUUUUCUGCCCGCGAUCGAGACCCCAACAACCUGCUCAUCUCCUGUGCUGUGUCCUAUCGCGGGGCCUGGUGGUACAGGAACUGUCACUAUGCCAACCUCAACGGGCUCUACGGGAGCACAGUGGACCACCAGGGAGUGAGCUGGUACCACUGGAAGGGCUUUGAGUUCUCCGUGCCCUUCACGGAAAUGAAGCUGAGACCCAGAAACUUCCAGGCCCCCGCCAGGGGGAGCUGAGCCUGCUGCCCACUUUGCUCACACCCCAGUAUGACUGCCGAGCACUGAGAGGUCAUGCCCAGAGAAGAGCCCGUGUGCCUCUACUGCCUAGCUCACCAAGGAAGCCUUCUCUACCACGACCUCACAGCACCAUGUUUACAGGGGGGAGGGGAGGGGUUGGUAACGGAGCAAUAAAGGAGAAA